CGCCGCCGCCGCCGCCGCCGCCGCCGCCGCCGCCGCCAUGCACAGAAAACAUCUCCAGGAAAUCCCGUCUUCCAGCAGCAAUGUCUCCACAAGCUUCACGUGGGACUGGGACUCCACCAAGACCUCGGAGCUCCUCUCGGGCAUGGGGGUGGCCGUCCUGAAGAAGGACAAGCUGGGCAAUGAAAACACCCCGCAGGACCUGCUCGUGUCGCCCUGUCCGCCCCCGAAGCGGCAGAAGGUGAAGGAGAAGGAAAAGGACUUUGUCAUCGUGCGCAGGCCUCGGCUGCUUCGAGAGGCAGAGCCAGGUAUUUCUUGGGAUGCACUUCCAGAUGAAUUGCUAUUGGCAGUCUUUGCAUAUUUGCCCCUAAAUGAUCUACUAAAAGUUUCCCUGAUUUGCAAGAGAUGGCGUCGUCUCUCGUUUGAUGAAUCUCUCUGGCAGACUCUUGAUCUGACUGGUAGAAAUCUGCUGCCGGGAGUGAUUGGCCAGUUGUUGCCUGCGGGUGUUACUGUAUUCCGCUGCCCAAGAUCCUGUAUUAGCAAUCCGUUGUUUAAAACCAGCAAACCUCUCAGGGUUCAACACAUGGAUUUGUCGAACUGCACGGUGUCUGUUGCGGAUCUGCAGAGUAUCCUUUGUCGAUGUGAGAGACUCCAGAACCUCAGCUUGGAAGGGCUAGUGCUUUCUGAUGACAUCAUCAAGAGCAUUGCUCAGAAUCCCAGUUUGAUGCGACUAAAUCUCUGUGGGUGCUCGGGGUUCUCUGCAGAAACCCUCGAGUUGAUGUUGAGCAGUUGUUCUGAAUUGGAGGAGCUGAACUUGUCUUGGUGUGACUUUACAGCUUCCCACGUCAAAGCAGCAGUCAAUCAUGUUACUUCAAAAGUAAUCCAACUAAAUUUAAGUGGGUACAGACAGAAUCUACAAAUAUCAGAUGUUAAGAUACUGGUGGAAAGAUGUCCUUCUCUUGUUCAUUUAGACCUAAGUGACAGCGUGAUGUUGAAGCCUGAGUGUUUCCAAUAUUUUCAUCAACUCAUCUUCUUACAGCAUCUGUGUCUUAGCCGAUGUUACCAGAUAUCACCUGCUGCCUUAGUAGAACUUGGUGAAAUUCCUUCAUUAAAGACUCUUCAGGUAUUUGGAAUAGUGACUGAUAACUCCCUGCAGAUUCUCAAGGAAACGCUUCCUGACUUGAAGAUCAAUUGUUCACAUUUUACAGCGAUCGCAAGGCCAACUGUUGGCAAUAAAAAGAACCAUGAAAUUUGGGGCAUCAGAUGCAGAUUGACACUGAGAAAUCCUAGCAGUUUAUGAUCAUGUGUGGUUCACUCGAUGCUAUGGACGUGCUGGGUGUAGUGAGGCUCCUUGCGAAGGCAGAGUGCUGGAGUAUCUUUAAUUCUUGGUCUUGUGCCUUAAUAUAGUUUCAUAAAUAUUUUUACAGUAUUUUUUUACUUAAAAGCGUUUAGAAAUCUUAUGAGCUGUGAGCAAGUGUAGAGAUUUUUUUCAAAGCCCUUGUUUUAGAACAGCUUUUUAAAAUAUUUUUGAAACAAUCAUAACUAUGAAACCUCUGGCAACUGUUGCAGGUUCUGAUGCAGCUUUCUUUGCUCUAAGGUGUUCUAAAGGUGCUUUUGUUCAACUCUUCCAAAUCUUCUACUCUUAAAAAGGCUUGCAGUGCUGCUAGAUACCUUAAUAAGGCUCAUUAUGGAACAGUCUUGAUCUGGGUUUGCAGAGCUCAAACUGAAUAAGGAUAUUAAACCUAUCCAAAGUCUUAAUUGAAUAAGAUACAGUUAUAAGAGACAAUCUACUGUUUGUGAGGACAGAGGAGUCAGCUUGGGCUCCAGCUGCUUCUAAAUUCAUUCAAUCUGAAAACAGGAAGGGAGCAUGGGAAGGGAGAUCUACACAAAAGCAGCUAGGAGGCAGCUGAGUACUAUACAAGUUCCAAGCAGUAUAAAGGAGCUACAGUGACACCUUUCUCUAACAGGCCACAAAGUAACUCCUAUUUUUAGCAUUCCUCCUUGAUAGUGAAAUAUAGAACUUGAUAGCCACCAUAAACUUUUACAGAUGCUUAUAAUAAACAGGUUUCAGGUUUUUUUUUAAUGUAGCCUUGCCAGAUUUUCUGACUAAAUGUUAUUGAAACUUAAUGUAAUUUUUUCUGGCUUUUGCAAGCUUCAGGAAGCCUCCAUUGGGAAGUAUGAUCUCAUCUCAGAUAAGACUUCAUACAAAAACUAUCAUAUUUUCUUUAAUGAAUAUAGAUCUCAGAUCAACAACAAAACCAUACCCAGGACUGCAGCAUAAAAGAGCAGUGGAAGGAAGAAAGCCUUUGGUGCUACUGCGGGACACCUUUUUUCUAAUAGCUUAAGUUUUUUUUAAAAAUCAUUCCACUUCUUGUAUCUGUAACAUUAACCCAGCACUGCUUUAGUUUUUUUCUUUAGCUUUUCAUGCCUGCCUCCUUAAUUAGGAAAAAAAAAAAGUUUGAAAAAUGAAAUCUAAGGAUAAGGACAGGCAAUUCCAUCAAAUAAAACUUUGAUCUGUCUCCGUCUCUGGUGUCCUCCUGCAGGAGCAGGCUCUGUUGCACCACACACAAGCAUUAGCUUCCUGGCAUGAAACUUUUAUCUUGCAACCACUGGUACAACAUGAACACACUGUCCUCAUUCCAAUGAAUGCAAGAGGCAGGUGGUAAAUUCAUUCAUGGAUAUUUGAGGUGAGGUACAGUGAGAAUGGUUAGAUAGGUAUAGCUUAUAGCCCUUACAAAAAAAAAAAAAAAAAAAGGAGUUAUGGGCAAAUUACCCUGUGAAAGUUGGGGGGGGGGGGAAAGCAGUAGGAAUUUGGAGGCUAUUAGACAUUUUAUUACUUCAGUUUGCAGUCUUAUGCCUUAAACUGCUUACCAAAAAAAAAAAAAAGAAAAAAACACAAACCUUUGAGCUGGCAGCACAGCAUUGCUCUAACUUCUUCCCCCUCAACAACACAAUGUAACCACAUGAAUCUCUUGCAUUUAAAUAAAAACCUACAAAAUUACUAUACUGUACCUGUAAUGACUGAAGGAUGGGAGGUUUUUCCAAUUUGACACCAGCUUUGUGACAUGCAUAAAGAAAAGCAGAAAUUUGUCCAAGCAAUGAAAAAAAUGACACUAACAAAAAGGAUACCAUCACCAAUACACUUAGCAUUUAAUAGACUGUACACCACUUAAAGACAGAACUGGGUUAGUACUAUGGCUUUAGCUUCUGAAAGUUUUUUUUUGUUUUGUUUUGUUUUUUUUUUUUAAUAUCAAAUGUUGGCAGAGUACAAGCAUCUGUAUUGCAGGUUUAUUGGUUACAACAGUGGCUGCAGCAGACAAUGCAAAUCCUCUGGCUAUGAUGCAGCACUGACAUAUUUCUAAAAGAAGAGUUUGGUAUUUGGUAGUCCCAGGCAAACAAUACUGAACUCUACUACAGAGACAAAUCAGGUAAAUGUAUCAUAUAUUCAGCUGCCUGUAACUUACAAUGCAAUUUUAACUUUUUUCUACAACAGUUUCUAGGUCCUUACGCCUUCUUUAGGUAAAAUUCAGAGAUUUAAGUAGUAAGGCACAAGACUUUCAAACAGUUAUUACACUUUAAUUUUAUUACAUAAUGUAUAAACACCACUUUAAAAAGCAGAGAAUGACAGGUUUAUUUUAGCAGAACACAGAAGUGCAGACCAGCACUAAAUGAAAACAGACCAGGGAUUUGAAUCAGCAGGUAGAAGAGAGACAGAGUUGAUUACCAGACUAGGCAAAUUAAAUCACCAUUAAACCAACACUCAAGUCACAUCACAGAACACUAUCAGGUAAAUUGUCUGUACUGUAUUCCUUUGUAAUAAAGGAUUCUUAAAAAGCA